GGCCCAGGCACUCGCGUCACCACUUUAGUCGCAUUUCCAGCUCGCGUCAAACGAUUUCCAUCCGUGGAAUAUUGCUUCCAGUUCAGCUCCCGCCAGUGCCUGAAACCUAACCCCGCAAAUAAACCGACUUAAGAUGCCGCUUCGUAUUCAAUUGCUGCACUGAUAAAUUCUUGGGAUUUUACUUCCUCAACGACCGCUUCGCACUACAAGAUGCCUGACAUCCGCUCCUUCUUCGGGCCCAAAGGGGGAGCACCACCUCCAAAACCUUUGCCUAAGAAAGCGGAUGAUACCACCAAAAAGUUGCGGACCAAGGGGCGAAAGGUCAUUGACGAUAGCGAUGAUGACGAUGAUAUGGUUGUCGAGGUCAAAAAACCAACCCGGUCUACUCCGAGGAAGAAGGCAUCACAGCCGACAGAGGUUAAAGGGGUGGAGACUUCCGCGUCUCAAUACUUCGCAUCUGCCAAACCAAAGGCGGCUACCUCACAGUCAACACCGAAAGCUGCAUCCAAGACACACGUGGGACCUGGCGUUGAGGUCCGCAUGAGCCCUCGCACGAAACCGACUGCUUCCAGAGUUGCCCCAGAGCCAGCCACGAAUGGGUCAAACGGCGCCAAAAAGAAACCCGCCCCGAAUUAUGCGAACCCUAGCCGAGACGAUGAUUUUGUCGACGAUGACGAUGAGGAUGGCGAGGACAUCUUCAUGACCGACGUCAAGGGCGGCAACAAGAGAAAGAACGACGACUAUGCCGAGGAAGAAAGCGAGGAAGAAUUCUUGCCAAAACCUAAGCGUGUCGUAUCUCGUGCCGGCAAGCCCCAGGCCAAGGCCGAUUCCUCCGAAGAUUUCAAGCCGACGCCCUCUAAAAGCGCCAAGAAAGCCGCAACUCCAAGCCGCAAGCGGAAAACCCCUGUUUCCGACAGCGAGGACGAGGAAGAUGACGAAAUCAAGCCCGCAAAGAAGCCCGCGCCGGCCAAGCCACGGGCUCCGAGAGCCAAGAAAGCAGCCGAGCCGGAGCCGGACGACAUUCGUGACAUACUUGACAAUGUUCCCACAGUUCAGGCACCGGAUGCCCCUGCCAAGGAUCCGAAUGCGAAGUUCGACUGGAGGAAAGGUGCUGGAGGGGGUAACGCAGGGCCCCCUCCCAUGGCCGGAGCGGCUGACAUCCCCGACGGGGAGGAUAAUUGCCUCAUGGGCAAGUCGUUUGUUUUCACUGGGCUACUCAAGACCAUCAGCCGCGACGAAGGCGUAGCUCUUGUUAAGAGAUAUGGCGGCAAGGUUACAGGAGCGCCGAGCAGCAAAACCGACUUCGUCGUUCUCGGUGACGAUGCUGGCCCCAGUAAAUUGAGAAAGAUCCAGGAGCACGGAAUCAAGGCGAUUGAUGAAGCAGGAUUGUUCUACCUCAUCAAAACCAUGCCCGCUCACGGUGGCACUGGAAAGGGCGCCGAGAAGGCCAAGCAAAAGCGAGAGGUAGAGGAGAAGAAGGCCUGCGACGAGGCUGUUCAGAUGGAGCGCGAAGAGAAGGCACGGCAGCAGGAGGCGGCCAAGGCGGCCAAGAUAGCCGCUGCUGCUCGUGGAGUGGCUGCUUCUGCUCCUGUCCAAACACGUCCACUCUCCCAGCUGUGGACGACGAAAUAUGCCCCCACCCAGCUCAACCAAAUCUGCGGCAAUAAAGCCAACGUGGAAAGGAUACAGUCGUGGCUCAAAAACUGGCCCAAGCACAAGAAAUACGACUUCCAGAGGCGAGGUGCCGAUGGCAUGGGCGGGUUCCGUGCCAUUAUAAUAUCUGGGCCGCCAGGCAUCGGCAAGACCACUGCAGCCCAUCUCGCAGCCAAUCUGGAAGGCUACGACGUGCUCGAGAGUAACGCAAGUGACACCCGCAGUAAAAAGCUCGUCGAAAGCGGAGUUAGCGACGUGCUCAACAACACAUCGCUGCUGGGAUUUUUUGCUGGAGACGGCAAGAAAGUCGAUGUUGGCAAGAAGAAGAUGGUCCUAGUGAUGGACGAGGUUGAUGGCAUGUCUGCUGGCGACCGAGGUGGUGUUGGUGCCCUUGCCAAGUUUUGCAAGAAGACAGAGGUCCCUCUCAUCUUGAUCUGCAACGAGCGCAGACUUCCCAAGAUGAAGCCUUUUGAUCAUGUCGCAUUCGACAUCAAGUUUCAACGACCUACCGUCGACCAGAUUCGGUCCCGGGUCAUGACCAUCGCGCAUAGAGAGGGCAUGAAGCUGCCGGCUCAGGUUGUCAAUGCACUAAUUGAGGGCAGCAACAAGGACAUCAGGCAGAUCGUCAAUAUGCUUUCGACGGCAAAGCUAGACCAAGUCUUGAUGGACUUUGACCAGACCAAGUCGAUGACCAAGGCCUGGGAGAAGCACGUCAUCCUCAAGCCCUGGGACAUCUGUCAGAAGAUGAUCGGGGGCGGCCUCUUCGGCCCGGCCAGCAAAGCGACGCUGAAUGACAAGAUUGAGCUAUACUUCAAUGACCACGAAUUCAGCUACCUGAUGAUCCAGGAGAACUACCUUCGGUCAAAGCCAGCCCUGCUCAGCUCUCAAGGCUAUAGUCCAAGAGAGCAAAACAUGAAGUACCUCGAGCUUGUCGACCAGGCAGCGGAAAGCAUCAGCGAUGGCGACCUCGUCGACCGUAUGAUCCACGGUCCCCAGCAACAGUGGAGCCUGAUGCCUACGCAUGCUGUAUUCAGUACUGUUCGGCCCUCUAGCUUCAUUGCCGGCUCUUUCGGGGGCCAGACGGCCUUCACAUCUUGGCUGGGCAACAAUAGCAAGUAUGGGAAACUUGGUCGCUUUGUGCGCGAAGUACACUCGCACAUGCGGCUCAAGACCUCUGGAGACCACAAUGAAGUCCGCCAGCAAUAUCUGCCCGUGCUCUGGCACCAAAUUGUCAAGAGGCUUGAGGUUGAGGGUAGAGAUUGCGUGGAAGAGGUCAUUGAGCUGAUGGACAGCUACUAUCUCACACGAGAAGACUUUGACUCGAUCAAGGAACUUGGGGUAGGAUACCAAGCGGAGGAACAUAUUAAUAUUGAAACGCAGACCAAGGCCGCUUUUACGAGAACCUAUAACGCCAUGUCACAUCCCCUUCCCUUCAUGAAAGCCAGCAGCGUUGUGGCACCAAAGAAGGGCAGCAGGGACGUUCCCGAUCUCGAAGAGGCCAUUGAGGAAGAAGACGAGGGUGACGCUGUCGAGGCGGUGGAAGUGGAUGAGGAGGAGCUGGACCUCAAGACGGACAAGUAUAUCAAACAGCCCAAAAAGACGGCCAAGAAGCCGGCGAAGAAAGCCGCCAAAGCUAAUGAUGAUGACGACGACGAUGACGACGGCGGAAAGGCCAAGGGCCGUAGAAGGCCCAAAAAGAAGUGAUAGUCUCAUGUUGGGGGAGCUGUACAGGCAACCGUUUCCUUUUGGCGAACAAGCAUAAAGUAUCAGCUGUUGUUGGUGGAAAGGUUAUCUUGUUGACUAGGUGGUCAGUACAUUUACGCAUCGAUAUCCCAUGGCAAUGGAAUGCCGGCUGUUUUGGAAUAGAGCAGAGCCACGUUUUAUAUCUUUCGGUGCGGCGUAAAAAUACUAUCAUUUAGUCCUUUGAAAG